AUGAGAAAAGGGUGGAUCUAAACUAAAUAGGGUCAAAGUACUAGAAAGUGUUAAUGUGAUUCGGGUCAUAGAAGCUGAAUGGGAACUCAUGGCUAAUGGAGAGGUUGAUGUAUUCAAGGAGUCUUUCAAACUGCUCAAGAAACUGUCAGUCCAGGAUCUGAGGGAUAAGGUUAUUGAUCUUAGCAGUGGAGACUCUGAUAAGCACCCAAGUGAGGUCGGUGUACUGGAUGUCCAUAGCAAGGGCCCCUCCAGUGAAGCGUCUGUGUGGGAGGAGGCAAGUGUGCUGGGACUGAGGCCUCCUCAGGAGUGGAGGGUGUACACACUCAAGAGGGUACCAGGCUUGCUGGUGAUUCCCAACCCAUUCCAGCCCUGUGGCCAGCAUCACUGGAUCGAGAGGUGCCUGAGGGACUACCCCUUGAAACCAAACAUCUGCAACCUUGACGCUCACAUGACUAGACCUGGAAAUGGUCAACUUUGGCCAACUGCUGAUAAGUCCAACUUGCAUCCUUCAUGUAUAGACCCUCAGGCAUCAAAUGCUGCAAAUAGUUCUUGUGUAGAAGAGGACUAUGAAGUGUCACAUGACAUAGUACGGAAAUUGAAUGCACAGCACCGCAAGAAACCUUAUGACCACGAUGUAACACACGACCAGGACCAAAGCUCACUAAAAGAUAUAGCUUCGAAAACCUCUCCUUUGAACAAGAAGCCACCUAUCAAGAAGAGGAAGUUGUGUGAUCAAGCCCCCCUCCCUGCCUGGCUGUCCAGGGACACCAUGUUAUACAAGCUGCGCUGGGUGACACUGGGCUACCAUUAUGACUGGAGCAGUAAGGAGUAUUCCCCACAGCACAGGUCCACCUUCCCACUGGAGCUAGGGCAGCUGUCCUCAUUUGUAAUGGAGGCAGUCGGCUUUUCUGGAUUCACGGCUGAGGCUGGCAUUGUCAACUACUACCACCUUGACUCCACACUGUCCGGACACACUGACCACUCAGAGAAGGACCUCUCUCUCCCACUGCUCUCCAUAAGCCUAGGUCAGUCGGCGGUGUUCCUGAUUGGAGGUCAGAGCAAGCAAGUGCCUCCAGUUCCUCUCCUACUGAACAGUGGGGACAUAGUGAUCAUGUCAGGAUCUUCAAGACUGGCCUAUCACGGUGUACCACGAGUUCUACCACCCUCCCACACACACGCUGUACCUUGGUGCCUUGAGAAAGAGCAGCUGAAGAACUGUGUGUGCUCAAGAACUGAAGUGAGACCUGGGAAGACACUGUCUGAGUUUGAGAGUAGCAUGACCGUAUGCAAAGGUGCUAGAAAGGAAGAUGGGAAUGCAAUCAAUGAUGAAGACAUUACUAAGGGGAUGAACGAUGGACAAUUUUCCACCGAAGACAGUGAUUGUGCACUUGUAGUGUGUUCAGUCUGCAGUCAGUUGGCAAAAUCAUGGGACACUUUUGUGGAGUAUUUGUGUGUGUCUCGUAUCAAUAUCAAUGUUAGGCAAGUUGUGUCUGAAAAAUUCAAGUUUGGAACAUGAGAUUAUAUUGAAGCCAUACAGUUAAUAAAAAGUUUCGUGAAUUUAGCUUAUUAAUGAUGCAUCUUUACCAAAUAUGCCACAUUGGAAGAUGAAAAUCUAUAGCCUGCUCCACUCCUCGAUCCUUGAAGACAUUGAUGAAGCUUUUCCAGUACUGAGCUCGUGAGACUCAACUAUAGCCUUACACUGGCCUGGAGAAUUGCGCUGCUGCAACGUAUGUACGUACUUGUGGGCCCUCGGAGAGAAAGAAAUUAAGAUUGUGAAAGCCUAUAGGUCAGUCGGCGGUGUUCCGAUUGGAGGUCAGAGCAGGCAACUACUGAACAGUGGGGACAUAGUGAUGACCUCAAUACUAUUAUAGCCUUAUCACAUGAUACCUCUAUAGGUCUACCAUUCUCCCACACACACGCUGUAUGAUGGUGGCUUGCGAAAGAGCAGCUUUAUUUUUUGAACACUAAAGCCACUCGUGGGAAGAUAUUAUCUGCAGAUCUAGAGUGUGAAGAUAUGUGGAAAAUGAGAAUAUGCAAGCAUUAGUGAAUGUUGUAAAGAACAUGUAGAUCUAUAGUGAUUGUGGAUGUUUUUAGUGUGCUCGCUAACUCAUGGGACAUGUUUGUGGAGAAUUUGUGUGUCUUGUGUUAGGUGUAUACUAUAAUUCAUUUUGUAUAUUGUCGACCCUG